GGACAUUACCUUUACCGAGCCCACACAGAGACAUUGCAACUACUGAGGCUCAUCUAUUUGUACUCGGGAGAGGCUCAUCUAUCUACAUUAGCGAGGAGAGGCUCAUCUGUCUUUAUUCGCGAGAGGCUCACCUAUCUAGAAAAAUGGUCACCUCUUCAAUCCUUAUUCCAUCGAGAAAUGAUAUCACUGGGAAUUUCUACUACAUCACAAGAGUGUCGAAAGUAGCCUGAUAACUACUUAUAAUUUUCCCUUGUCGGAUUAUUUGAGAAACUGAGCAUCGUCCUCUGUAGUUAAGAAGUAGUACAUUUAAGCGACGUCGACGCAUUGAGAGAGGCCGGGUGACAAGGCGUAUAUUACUACUUCGGAAAUAUAUAGCAAGUUGGGCAGUUACGGUGCUACCCGAGCAAUACCUGCGACGCCCCAUCGAAAAGACACCACCGAACUGGUGCAUUCAUUCAUCGUUUCAAAUCACGUAUAGUCAAGAGUCACUGACGAGCAGGAGACUGGGACCAGGCCCGAAAAUGAUAGCGAACGGCGGACAAGCUCUGGGAAGCCGUCUGGCGGUUUGUGGCGGAUUGCAGGUGAUGCCUUUGCUGAUCCUGUGCAUGGGCGGUGAGAUGAUUUACAUUAUGGUCCCACAAAACCAGGCAAGAUUCUCAUAUUUAUGUGAUUCUUUCCGUUUCGGUUUCAUGAAGAUGUGGUAAAUAUAGAUUGUAAUGUGAUCCUCCUCGUCGUCCUACUGCUACUGAUUUCUUCCAUCCUUGCAGUUCCACAAACAAGAAGGCCAAAGACGAGGAAUAUAGCACCAGCGCUAAUCUAGUCUUGGAGCAACGGUUGGAGGCGCAGAAAAUCGCAAUGUCCAAAGGCCGAAAAGUACUCUACGACGUGAUAAAGAGCAUGUUUUUUCCUCGUUUUCUGCAAGAGCUGUUCAAGCCGCAGGGCAUUUUCACGAUGGCAAGUUGCCGACAAAUCUUCGACCGCCUCGCGCAUAGCAGCAUCAUGCGCCUGAACGAGUCAAGCAUGGACAAGCUGAUGGACCUCAUUACCAUGGGAUUCAAGUGUAUGAAAGGCAAAUUGAAAGAUUUCUAAGUAUUGAUAGAUGAUCCACAUACAACGAAAAGGGAAUCAAAUAGAAAUACUAAUUAUUAGAAAUAAAAUGACUAGAAGAUGAGGAAGAUCGUUCAUAGCUUUUCCCUUGAGCAUGUUUGUCAGAUUCGGAUAGAAUUUUACCACAUGGGCAUAUUUUAAGCUUAUAGCCGAUACUGAAGCAGUAGUAGUCACCACCCGUUCUAGCCUUGUUCAUGCUUCAUCCUUCACCAAUUUCUCUGCUGCCACAGCGGUGAAGAGCUAGUUGACGUCACGCUGAACCAUAUAGCGGCUUGCAAAAGGAUAUGCGCAGAAAGUCCGGAACUUCUCGCGCUCGUGCAGCAGGGAGAGGCCCUCUUUCAAGCGCAAUACGAGCAUAUGUCCAUGUAUGCAUACCGGGAACUGAGAAUGCAGGUACAUCAGCAUCAAUUUGCAUUUGCGCAGAUUUUUCGUUAGAUCAUUCAACAUGAUGUACAACAGGUUACUGGAUAUAAUCUUGUACAAUUGAUAUUCAGAUCUUUUCAGCAUUGUGGUCUUGUUCGCACGCCCACGCUGCUAGUGUUUGUUUGUUUUUGAAAAAUACCUUCUACUGCUGGACUUUUAGUCUCUGAUUCAAUGACUAAAUCCUUAGCAGCUCGGUACAUUUUUUCAAGACCGGAGAGUCAAAGUGAGCCUCUUCCUGCAGAACCAAACGCAGAAUACAGACGGAGCCAUAGUCGUCCCGUUCGGAGGGAGCUUGCCAUUUAACACGUUGCCACCUGGUACAUUAUAUUCAUCUUAUUUUUGUUUAUAUAUAUAAUGGGCUAUAACGUGGCAGCUACAAUCAACGAAGGAAACAACAAGCGCGGCGCUAGGAGUACUCACUGAACUUCUAGCAAUAUCUUCAAGAUCCGAACUCCGAAAUAAGGCUGACGAAUGGAGAAACACAGUGAAUAUCCAGAAGGGCCAAAACAAUCUACAGACCACACACCGCAAGUUGCCAGCAAAUAGCUACACAGUACUACACUUCCGAACUCCGUACCGCGAUAGGUCGACGCCAUUCGUGCAAUCCAACAGCUCCUCCCGGGUUUUUGUUACUGAUCAAGCAGAUUUUCUGCUCGUUACUAGUGGGAAAAUCAUUCAUCAAGUACCACCAUGGUGGGAAACAGUGAGACUCGCACUGAAAAGGAAAGGAGACGAGGAUGACGGAAUUCUUCAAAUAUUUCAGAAUGGGAUAAGACAAGAGCAAAUCCAGCACUUGGCUAUUACGCCGCGAGAAAUAAGGAACAAACUGCUGGCGAAGGACUCCUUCGCUUGCCUCAAGCUCAAGGAAGAGGUCGCAGUGGUAACAGCAGAGGACAUCACGGAAGAAACGCCCAACGAUGAGAUCACCAAUCAGCUACUACUAAUGGAUGACUUAUCCCUCGUGCCGAUUUUAAUAUCUCACAACAUUCACCUGCGGAAGUCAGUAGAGUACCUUGAGAAGCUCACCUUGCAACAUCCGACAAUCCGACUUGUGGCAUUGCAGGAAGUUAUAAAUCUUCUCAUAGCAACAAAACAGGGAGAAAUAAAGUUCAAGAAGUUCCGACUAGUGAAGCUCAAAAGUACUUCCGUCAUUCCUUUUUCAACAUGCGCAGCAGUAGGGAUUUACCUAGUGAUUCGAGCAGGCGAAGUUCUUCCACCCCCCGAGGAAUGGGAAGCAUUCGAGCACGUCGUCUCAAUCAACAAGGAAAGCAAAAACAUAGCUGACGAACAGGAAGCGGAAGGAAUUUUCACAAACGAAAUCAAGAGCGGCGAGAUCUGCGGCUCGGUAUUUAGAGUGGCUGACAAAGAUGAAGGAAUGCUGUGGACAUGUGCAGUCCGAAUCGGCGACACUUUCCGCCGCACUUCAUACUUGAAAGAUCCAAACAACUCGAACUUCGCAAGAGAUUGCGGCUGGAUCAGCGACCAAAUGAGAACUAUCGAAGCAAAAGUCGCGGAAAUGGAAAAAGGUGCAAAAGUCGUUAUAUCGACUGGUGGUCUGAACCUAGACGCGCGGACUCCAGGGCGCACUCUCGAAAACAGUAGGAGGUGGCCCCGCGACGCAUACGGCAGCAUCUGGUUACCAAAUCAGCAGCUCGGCCUGAAAUCAGGUGCCCGGGAAAUCGUCACAGGGAUCACGCACUGGACUGAUGCCGGCGGGACGAUGUUGGAUUCGCUCAAGACAAAUCUUGCCUCCGCUACGGUCGAAAAGUAUGCGGCAAUCGCAGAUGCUGCACACAGGCGAGCAAACAACGUCAACAAAGAGCACCGGGUAGCAAAGUACGACGCUACUGACGAAGCCGACCAUGUAAAAUUUCUUGGUCAUCUCAUCUUAGUGCUGACAGCAGACGAGGACGCAACAGAAAUUCAGAAAAUGCAGGAGCAAUUCCGUCCAGGCAAACACAAUCAUCGAAAGAAAGCACUCGCCAAACGAGCAUACAUAACGAUGGAGCAGAUGAAAGAUCACGGAGAAGAGAUGCUAGGCUUAUUCAAUGAGUGCCGCAUGCCGGCAAGUCGAGCUGACCGUCACGAGGCAAGAAGGCGAGGAUGUCCAAUAAAGGCGGCGCAGAAGGUUGAUCUCUUCCAGCUGCAAAAGCGCUUUCUUCCGACAGUAAAGAUCAACAGGAACCAACUCCCUGCCAGGGACGCAGUGCUGCUUGCGACAAAAAGCCUACAAGUCCAAGCCUACACACCAGAGGGGCGACCGAUUCCGAUACGAGAAAUGGCUAAAAUGGUGAACAAUGUCCUGAUCCAACAAAACAUUGUGAAAAGGAAGACUUUGAAAAAAAGCGAACCUGUCACAAACGCCUUAGAGUACUUUGAUGAAGAAAAUUCCACGAUUCAUCUCCAGAACUUCCUCCAGGCGCAAGAUCGGACAAAAUCAAUCAAAGCGCAUUUGGCUGCUGGGGCACUUCAAGAAGCUGCUCAACUUGUGUCAGGCGCAGGAAGAGGCGCGCUGGUGGGGCAAGUGUCUGAAGUAGUAGUAGACGGGCAAGCUGUGACAGUGACAGACAAGCGUGAUCUUCUCACUUCCACAAUAAACUUCCACUGCGGAAAAAGUAGCUGGAUUCUCGAAUCGGCGGGAAUAGCCACAAACUUGCGGUGGGACAAGACAAAGAUCGGGAAAGUCUAUGAGGAAGUACGAAACACGGCUUCCAAGUGCACUUACCGAAUUAAACCAGCACAAGUCAAGCACGCACGGGCGAAAUUGAGUCAAAACUUGCAAGGCCCCUCAGGAUUCAGAGCCAAGAUUCUAAAGGACCUUGGCGAUUGGGUGGGCCAGUACCUGGCGGACGCUUACAGUGACUUGCUUGGUCAACUGAUGCAAAAUCCUUACCAUGAUGUAAUCAACUUCGUCUGCACGGAACUCGAACGGAUUUCCAUGGGAACUCUUUUGCAUAGGAAGAGCGUGACUCGAGAAGCAGGCGACAUGCGUUUUGUGGUCAAGUCCUGCCCUUUCGUGCGAACAUUCAUGUCUAUCAUGGGCACAACAUGGAGCGAACUUGCCGAGCGAAAUGGCCCUUGCGGCAAAAUAUCAGUGAAUGGACGCGCGGACAUCUCGCUUUCGGUAGCUUCGCUUCUAAUACGGCGCAAACUGAUGACGCGAGGCGAUAAAUGCAGUGCGGUAGUACUUUCUGCGGAUGCUCGACAGAUGUUCAAUCUCUUGGAAAUCAGUCUGGUAGUGGGAUUAAUGCGCAGACUGAGGGCGCCGCCACAGAUAAUUGCAGCACAUCUAGCAUUCGGGGCUGAAAAACAGGCCCUGUUCACAUUGAACCAGUUGACGUAUAAGCUACCUUCGCACACUCGCUGCCUCCAAGGGCAACAAGAUAGCAUGAUCACUGGGAUACUCAUCCUCGUCCCGUAUCUUCGGAUAAUACAAAAGCUCAUCCAAAAGGUCCAGAAUGCUGAUGGCUCAAUUCAAGAGGAAGGCCUGGACUCAGAAAUCAGUGAUGCGAUCAAAGAGGCCCAGCGACAGAAGGACAAAGAAUUCGACUGGUCCAAGAAAUACACAGAAGCCGAAGUUGGCGAGCUUUUUCGCGAUGGUGUUCGGUGCCUCAACGAAAUCCAUAAAACUCGGAGAGAGUCGCACGAUAACGAAGAAGACAGUAAUGAUUCGACGUGGGUAUGUGUGGAUGGCACACUAGUGGCGUUCCUGUUCCAAGAACGUGACGCCGAGGCAAGACGUGUGCAGAGAAUCGUAAAGGGCAUCGCGACGAUAAAGCAGUGCACUUUCAGCGCCACUGCAGUGCUCUGUGCAACAGAAAAAUGCGAAUGCCUCACUCUCCCCUAUGCAGAUGGGACAUCGGCAAGUCAGGAGCAUGUGCAGGAAAUCCUUAGCGCUGGCGCGGUUUACGGACGCGAACCCAUGCUCCGGGACCGGUUGCAGCUUUUCGGGAUUCCAUAUCGAGACGAUUUCGAAGUAGCGAUGUUAGCUGCACUCAGGUCGCGCGUUUUCAACAUGGAUGGAGAGACUCCUUCGCCUUUUCACGAAAUCACACCUGAAUGGAACCGAAAUUGAGAGCCUGCUCCUAGUUGCAAGAUGGCUGAGCACAUCAAAAAUAGUGCAUCUAUUACCCCUGGCCACUUUCGAGGUAACAUCAUACGACAUCAAUACCAUUACGACCGCAAUAGCUCGCGCAGUAUCUAUGUCACGGGCUAGGACUCUCGGACGCUAUGCUCUUACGAAUCGAGGAGUUGUGCAAGUUAAAGCCGUCAGGUUUAAUCUUCUCGACAGUCUUCGGAUGGGUCAGCCCGAUAGCGCAGAGUCGCGCUAUUUUACGUCGGCAGACAAUCAAGUUUGCUGCUGCCACAUCAUCACGCGAAGAGCUUCGACUAGUUUUCAGUCAAACUAUCGACGAGACGGAGAUAGAGCUGAUGGAUGCCGAGGCACUCCAGAUAUUACGAAAUCGCAAGCACGUUAUCGAGAAGAUUCCGAAAUCUCCUCCGAUCUACGGGCCGCGGCUGCCGACGCACUACAUCCGUGAAAGUGCUCUGAUUCUCGAUCGGAAGCCGCGUGAUACGCUAACGGUCCUUGCAGCAAACGAAGUUGCGUGGGCAGUAUGGCUAGAUCGUGUCGCAGAUAUUGUAUGGGUCGCGGUAAAAGAUACUAUGAGGGCAUGGCGUUUAUCGCAUAAAAUCCUACUACGAAUGCCGCACGUUGCUAAAUAGAAUACGGCAGACAGGUUUGGACACUCAGGACGCGCCGACAAAUGCACCUGCGUGCUGCUGCAAUAAGCACCCUAAUGCAUGCCGCACAGCUCGCGCCAUCGACGCAGAUUGCAGUCUUCAACAUAGUGGACAACAUUCAUAAACGUGCAAUGAUUAACACUGACCUGUCAAUCGCGGCGCUAACCGUGACUGCGCACCUUUUUCACUCUGCUGCCUCCAGAUGGAUGCAAGAUCUGCCACAGACACGAACGCACAGUGGAAAUGUCGAGGCCAUCACUGUGGAGCUGCAGGACGAUAUUUGGUUAUGGACGGAUGAGCCUCCUCUCAAGAUCAAGAAACAUUGCGGGUCACUUCCGGCAGCAUUAAAAUCGUGCAUCGACCAAAUGCGAGGCGAAAAAGUCACACCUGCAAAAAUUCGGGGACAAAUAAAGAAAGUCCUGGACGAGUACGAAAAAGCUGAGGAAGAGAAAGUUGAACAAAGUGCAGGAGGAUUAUUUCUACCACUACAUGAGGAAAAUAAAAAGUAUGAAAUGAAUUAAAUACAAAACAUCCAUAGAUCAAAAGACAGAUAAAUUUAGACACAAUAGAAACAGUAAGACAACAAGCCCAGACUCAAGUUCAAUCAUUUAACGAAAAGCAAAUAGGCUAACAACAUAGGAACAACAUAAUAAAAGUUGACUGUUACAAGUUACCUCCAAUAAGACGCUAAGAUAAAAAAAAAAGAAAAAAAAAAAAACAAACAAACCACGCCACUGCACUAAACACAUGCCAGAUAUCAAAUGAAAACAGCGACUCACACUCACUGUCUGCGCGCAUGAUGCAACAGAAAACGCGAGACAACGCUAGAAACCCGAGUCAACGGUAAUAACACGCGAAAACGUCAGGAAUCCCGAAGACAACGGCAGAAACAAGGGAGAAGUAUUUUGGUUUGCAAACGAGAGAGUCCAACAGUGAUCAGCUGGGCCAUGCGUGAAGCUUGCUGAUUCAAGGCACUCGAUCGUUCGCGAAAAUCGAAAGAAACUCCCAUAAGAGACGAAAAAUAGCCCAACAGUGAUCAGCUGAGCCAUUCGUGAAGCUUGCUGAUUCAAGGUGCGCGAUCGUUCUCGACCAAAAAGAUGCCAUUGGCACAACAGCUGUGAAAGCAGCGCUGUCUAGGCUUGUAUCCUAGGUCGCAAUGAAUGCCCGGACGUGUGGCCUGAUAUCGAUUAAUAAGAUACCGCUCGCGUCCCGCAUCGAAUGCUUCGUCCCCUCGGGAAGACGUUUCAUUCAGUAGAGAACUCCUCUAACCAAAUUAAUGUGGUGCCCUUCUUCGGGAGUGAAGUACUGUAUUAAAUCGUCCCGUCGACAGUUUCGAAAUACUGCUCAGGGCGAAAUUCCAUUCCAUAGACGGAGAUCGAUAGGCGAGCUACAACUACAAAUACUCACACUAAGUAAAGCUUGUAGGUUGCUCAUGUCACAAAUUACAUAUUUAUUAUACAUAGAAAAUAAGAAUGAAAAACGAAAACCGUGCUUCCUCAUCAAAAUCAUACCAAAAACACAAAACACAACUUCAAAGUGUAUACCUUUACCUGGAAAGUGUCAAAAUAUAACAAGAAAGCGCUUAGUAUUAGUUAUAGCUAGUAAGUGUCUAACCUUAGCUAGUUAGUGUCGAACUUUAGCUAGAACGUGUCGAGUCUUUUUCAGUAAGUGUCUAAUUUUUAACUAGAAAGCGUUUAAUUUUAACUAGAAAGUGUUCAACUUUAACUAGAACACGCCAAAGGUUAACUUGCAAGUAUUGCAUUUUAACUAAAAAGCGCUCAACUUUCACUAGAAGUAGAAAGUGUCGGGCUUUAACUAGCAAGUGUCGGACUUUAACUAGUAGAAUGCGUCGAAUUUCAACUAGAACGUGCUGAGUUUUCACUAGAAUGCGCGCAGUUUUACAUAAAAAGUGUGCAAUUUUAACCAGAAGAGGUUAAUUCUAACAAGUAGAAAAUGUCAAAAACAUAGUGGAGGCAAAAAGAUAAGGGCAAGGAGGUGGCGGAGGCAAGGAUGCGAAUGCAAGGGUGUGGAGUGGAGGCCGUGGACUCAGGGAUGUGAGGCCAAAAGGGUGUCGGCAAGGAGGUGGAGGUAAGGAAGGCGAAGGCAAAAAAAGACAUGGGGACAGCAAGGUGGAACAAAAACGUGAGCGGCUAAAGCAUGGUAAAGAAGCCCCAAGGUUUUCGCGAUAUGUAGUAACUAGCUAUAUUGUGAGAGAGCCCGGGGCGCGCGUUGGUUAUGUCAUGUCGAAAAUCCAACGAGAAUGACACACCUGGGCGAGAGCGAGACCAACGAGCUACAGCGACUUCCUUUCGCCCUCGCAGUCAGCCGACUGCUUGACGCAGACACCUUUCAACAUGUUUAUUUCCAAAGUUUUUUCCCAUUGUUCUCUAUCAUCUCGUCUCUAGGCACGGUGACGUAUUUGCAGCAAGAUUUAAGGCAGGAUAUUCUAACUGGAAUGGCAAGCACAGGCGAUGUUUUUCAAGUCAACCCUGAUAGAAUAGCGCGCGUGAACCCCGGUGGGUCUUGCUACUGGAGUCUUCUUGGCACAAACCUUUAUGCAAAGUCGAAGUCAACGACCGAACCAGGCGGCGCAAACACUGCCAGUAAAAUCUUUUUGCAAAUUAAUACGAGGUUUCUUCUAUGUUGAUGUUCCACAUCUUCCACUAGUGGACAAAGAAAGGAAUUUGCCGAGGCUACUCGACAAAGAACUCACAAUAACUUUUAUUUCCAUCAUCAAUGUAAAAAUAGUAAAUGAGAGAGAUAGGGUGUCAAUCCUUUUCGAUUCUUCGAUUUCCACAUCACACAGACAGUGGAAGUGCAGCGAUGAGCGGACCAGAGAGCAAUGAGGAUAGAAAGCACGUCGCGGUGGACCAGCUAAAUACGUUAGCAGGCCUUCUGCAGCCUCAAAAAGUCGAAGCAAGCGAUGUGUUCCAUUUCAACAACCUGUUCUCCGGCGAAAAAAUGUUCGACAUGGAAAACUCAUCCGGUAUGAAAAGAAUGAAGAUGAUCAACAUCACACUGAAUCCUCUGCAGCUUCUAUUAAGCCACUGAAUCUGAAGACGUUCAUGCAAAACUUUUAAUAUAUUGCAAAACUUGUAAGUAUGUGUCAAUAUCGUUUGCUCAAAACUGAGUUCAAAUAAUGAUUUUGAUUCUUUGAUCUCUUUCUCUGUUGAGCACGAUAGACUAGAUGGAGAACGACACGGUCUUGUUCGACCUUUCUGCACUCAGGUACCUUGCAACGGAACGCAGAGGCUACGAAACACAAACCGGCUGUUUUGAAACAUGCGAAUGUUGGAUAUCAAGGAAGCAUGGACACCAUUCGAAAAGAUUUAGAUCAUUCGGAUGCUGGUCCAAAGACUGGUGUCAGCCAAGAAGAUGCGGAUCUACUCGAUCUUCUAGGAUAGAGAUUGGGGCUUCUACAUCUGCUCUGCCUCUUCUAGCUGCUUUGUUUCCAAGAUUGUUCCCUAUUCUACUUCUAUAGAUAUUUGGUUCUACUUUGAAUUCGCUCGAUCUGUUGUUGUACUUCGUGCUCCUUGUUUUUUCACAGAUCAUUCAGGAGCAUGAAGAGAUCCAUUCGAUAAUUCGCGUUGGAGGUUUGGCAGUGUGUAGUAGAAAGGCAGCGGUGUUGCAGUGUUGGUCCAGCUGUGUUGAGAAUCGCGCGAAAAAUAGAAUGAAGAAAUUUUUAAUCCAAAAAUGAAGAAUGUCUUGGCAACAACAAAAGUAACCACGGCAAACAUAGAAUUCAACGACG